AUGCAACGCGGUUUCUGGCGCUACGCGCUGGGCGCUUGGUUUCUUCUCAUGGACUACGCGGCGACGCCGUGCUCGAGCAAGGAUAUGAACGAACUCGAUGAAAAAAGCGGAGGCACGUCGUCGCUGGGUCCUCCCCGGGAGGUGAUCAUUGACGCCGUGGCCGAGCACUCGUUCACGCUACGCUGGAAGCCUCCCAGGCCCAACCCCAACAAGCACGUCAAGCUGCAAGGCUACAUGCUUUCGUACGCCCCCACGGGAAGAACCGCUUUCGGCGAGGAGAAGGCCCUGAUGCUGCCUGCCGUGAUCCAGUCGAAGCUGGUAACGCGACUCAAAGAGGGCACCGAGUACGCCGUGGUGCUGUCCGCUGUCUACCCCAACGUCCAGACGGCAUCCGCCCCCAAGAUGACCGUGAGGACGCCUAUGCCCGUUGCCGAGCUCCCCGUCGGGGACGACUCCUACUUCGACAACAGAAUACAGUGCAACUGCAGCGAGGAAGGCAUGGUGGCCUGCACGCGGUCCGUGGUCCAGGAGGUGGCGUGCAGCUGCUUCCCGAGUUACGCGGGCCGCUGGUGCGAGUCGUGCGCGCCGGGCUUCUUCCGCCUGGGCAAGGCGUGCACGGCCUGCCCCUGCACCAACGCCACGUCCACCGGGGAGUGCGUGCUCGCCGAGCCCACGCAGGGGGACGUGGGCAAGGAGGAUGGUCUCGGAGGAGGACCCCCGACGGUCUCGUGCCGGUCCUGCCUGCCAGGCCACCGAGGGCCCCUGUGCUCGGCCUGCACGGCGGGCUACCACUGGAAGGGGGACCGCUGCGAGCCCAUCAACUGCCUCAGCUUCGCCCUCUGCGCCAGAGACAGGGACAGCCCGGGCUGCCGAGACUGCGACCUGGUCCAGAACAGCCUGCCGCCGGUCGCCCAGAAGAGCUCAGAGAGUGCCCUGGCUGCCGGUGCUGUGCCCCUCGUCGCCGUCCUGGCGACGCUCUUCUUUCUGCUUGCUGUCACCGGGGCCGUCACCUGGUACCGGUGUCGACUGAGAAAGAGAACGCGCGCCGGCUUGCCCUUCUGGAGCAUCGAGCUGCGGGAGGACAAGUCGGGACAGGGCCCCGACUGCCCGUACCAGCACCUGGAUGCCGCGUCCAGUCGCGUCGUCGUGCAGGGCCACAGCGACGAGGACGCCUCCGCAGACGCCAGCACACCGAAGGUGACUAAGGAGUCCAAGACCCCUUCUUGCAAGGAGGCGCCGCUGGAAGACGUCUGAUACCUUCCCGGACAAAGGGUGUACCGGAAUCGUGAUGUGUAUACGAGUGACAUCGAGUGGGGCCAUGGCGAUGAAGACGUUUCCUCAAACGCCAACGCACCAAAGGUGAUCAGGGAGACCAAGACGUCUUCUUGCAAAACGGCGCCGCUGGAAGACGUCUUAUACCCCCCGGACAAAGAGUGACGAAGAAUCAAGACGUGUAUACAAGUCACCUCGAGUGGCUUCACAAGUUGGUGCAUCGUUUGCAUUACAACUGUGUUACACGGCCGCGAAUUUGUGUAAGCAUCGUUUCGAAGGAUUGUGAGGGCAUCGACAGCAAGCGUUCAUGAUGACAUCGACAGUAGUGCGACAGGACAGAUGUGUGUCGUUGAUGUCUGCAUCGGGGGAAAACUGGUGUUUGGAUGACUAGGAGCGCGGACGAAAAGUUAUACGGUAUGAUGUGCUGGCAGGAUACCGUCAUAAAGAAGGAAAAUCAAAUGUCCCACCUCGUCGUACCGAAGGGAUCGUGAAAAAGCUGAAACCGAAAGUGCGGUAACGAUCGAUCUUGAGAAGCGCUUGGGAGGAUUCCCGUGGGAAUCAGUUAUGCACAGAAAGGAACGCCAAGGUGAAGUACCAUAAUAUACCACUGGGAGUUACGCGGGCGACGGGAGAAAUGCCGAGUCAUACCCAGGUAAUAUCAGAGGUAACCUAUGCUGUCAACACGGCGAAUGUGCAGUCUCCGGAAUGUUAUCCUGGAUGGAAAUAGCUAUAGCCUCGAGGUGCAUAUAGCCGAAGAGUGAAA